CAGCUCAUUAUCUGACAGAAUCCCUCUGUUUCCGGAGUGAAUUCAGACUAUAAAAGAACGAGCAUCAGUUCACAGACACCAUCAUCUACUGAUGAACAUCUUCAAGACACAGUCUGAUCCAGAUCUUGAAUGUAAUCAGUCACGAGACUCCUGGUUUUCUUUUGUGUCCUGAAGACGACCAAAGCUUUUACAGGUUUAGAACGACAUAAAGCAUAUGUUAUAACUGUUGCUCAAUAAACACCAUUCACUGCAGCUUCUCCAGUCGUCUUGAUCCUUACAUGACAUUUGACGCUUCAAAGAGGUCACGAAGAAACCCAAAUCAAUUUGGCGAGACUCUGAAGAGACUCGAUGGCUUUAUAUGAUGAACAGAGCUGAGGUAUUCUAUUAAUUCUGCUGUUCAGUAGAGUACUGGAUACUCCAUAGCAGAGGCUCCUUCAUAAAAAGUUGAAAGGAUCUUCUAAACGUGUUCCACAUCAGAUCUGUUCACCAUAUAGUAAAGGGAUCAAGUCCCUUCAGAAAUACAUUGAGUAAACCACUUGAGAGUAAGUAAAUGGUUUUAAGUACUGGGUGAACUAUCCCUGUUACAUCACACAUUUGAAUGGCAAAUUUACACAGAAGACAUGUCAAGACAUCUGUAAUAGACCGAUAAGUAAUUGAGAAGCAUUUUUUACAUCUUAAAACUAAUGACUGGUUUGUUAUUUAGUGGUUUCUCUCAGGAAUUUAUAAAACAAUGGGACAACAUAACAUCAGCAUCAAUGACUCAACUGGAUCAGAUUAUGAUCAUUUCAGUAAGCGGAGAGAUUUGUACAGAAAAAAAGAUGCUGCAAAUGUUGUAUUUGUCUGGAUCCUUUCAGUCAUUGAGAUUCCAGUCAUGAUCUUAACUCUGAUUGCUUUGUGUUUUCUCGUCAAAUCUCGGCCUGCUGCUUCAGUUUUUAUUAGUCACUUGAUACUUUCAGAUCUCAUACAGGUCAUGUGUAUGUUAAUAGGAACAACAAUCUCAUGGUCAUAUGAACUAGUCGGUCCAUAUCGCUAUUGUUUGGUUGUAGGUCUGUAUUUUAUGGCAUGUGUUUCUUUUGAACGAUAUCUUCUGGUUUCUCAUCCUAUCUGGUACAAAUCUCACCAAUCACUCAAACUCUCCUGUUUUCUUUCUGUGAUCGUCUGGUUUGUGCCUCUGACGUUUUCAGAAAUAAAGCCCCCUUGUAUUUAUUUUGACAGUCUUACCCUAAGUAUAGCAUGUUUAAUUCCCUACCCCAUAGUCAUUCUCUGUUUUGUUGGAACUUGUCGAGGUCUUUCUCGCUCAAUAUCACUGACUGCUCUGAAGCGUAAAUUAAUUUUGGGCAGUUUGUUCCUGGUGCUGCUGACUUACACAUUUCUCAUUCUGCCUGCUGUGAUUAUGUGUAUUAUAGAUCAAUAUAAGCUUCCUAACAAUAAGACACUUUCAUUUGAAAAAUCUUAUUUCUUUGCACAAUUGCUGUUAUUUGUGAAUCCACUUGCUGACUGUAUGCUGUAUCUGUUCAUGAGGCCUGAUGCUGGUGAUUUAAUGAAGUGUUGUAGACAUCAGAGAUGGAAACACAAUCAGGACGAACACUCUGUAGUGAAUCCACAAAGCAGCUGCUCUACUGUAGUGUGCUGUAUUUCAGCUCAAAAACCUGAAUCUCAUUCAUUAAACACCUGCAGCUCAGUUUAACCUGCUGCUAAAUGAUCUCAAGAACACUGCACUAUAUUAAUUUUAAGUCAAGGUCCAUAUUUACAUCGCAAACACGCUUAAUUUCUAGGAAAUUGAAGUUUAUUUAUAAAACUACAACAAUUGAUUAAAAAACAUUUGAUCGGCACACGUGUAAUGAAAAUCAGACUGUGUGCAUCCCAUCAUUUAUAUAAUGAUAUCCCCAGACUGAUAGAUGUAUAACGUGAAUUAGUUUAAUGAUGUUACUAUAUUAAUGCCAGUACAACUAAAAAAAUGAAGCAUCAUUAGAAAACUACAUGGCAAUGUUUAGUAAGUUGGUAAAUCAGAUUGAAUAUUGUAUGUUUUUGUAGGUGAUGACUGUAUUGUUUUUCACUGUUAGAGAAGGAGACUGUCCUUUAUUCUCUCUUUCUUGUAUAUUAAAGAGAUUUCUGUUUAA